AUGUUGGCUAGGCGCCUCUUGGGAUUUGCGUUGAAGGGCAACUUACCAAGUAUUUAUUCUGCAUGUCCUUUAUCUUCGAGGCCGGUUCUUAAUUUUCGAUCAACUUUACGAAUGCCGUUAUGGUUCAGCUCUACCUCUGCUAACAACGCAGAAAACAAUGAAACUCCGAAAUUCUCACUCAAAAAGCAAGAUGGACAACGGCUAAGUGGGCUGGAAUUUUUUGAGAUAGUUAAAAAGGAAGCUGCCAAGGAUGGGACUGAAGAUUUCGCAAUUCCAAAAGAAGCAUUCGAAACUUUGUUAACUGAGUACGAUGCUCUGGUCGCGGAAGGUUCAGAGUGGCAGGUUGCCGACAUUCUUGAUUUGGCUGUAGAUUCUGUUAAACCAGAACAACUUGAGUCUGCCGAUAAAACUCUUGUCGAUCUUCAUAAAGGCAUAGUGAUGACUAAAACAGUGUUGCUGAAAACGUUCAAGAGGCACGGACUUGUUCAAGUUAAUCCUAUGGGUGAAAAGUUCGAUCCCAAUUUGCAUGAGGCAGUGUUCCAAGUUCCUGCAGGGGAGGAUACGAAGGUCGAGCCUGGGCAUGUAAUGCAUGUUUCAAAGGUCGGGUAUUCUUUGAAAGAUCGGCCCAUUCGAGCUGCACAGGUCGAGGAAAUCAGAGAAGUCCUGAACGAGGACAAGCUGACUAGUCGAAGCGUCAAACGCUAUGCUUGCGUAGAUGAAUGGAUUUCAAUAGCAAAAGAAUGCAAAUAUUUGCCCGAAGAGGAUAUGAUCUCACUUUGUAGUUGUCUUAUUGAUCGUCUUAUACGACAACCUAAUGUGGUUCCUGUUGAAACACCAGUAACCAUCUGUGGAGAUAUUCAUGGGCAGUUUUAUGACUUGUUGGAACUUUUUCGUACUGGUGGAGAAGCGCCAGCUACGAAGUAUGUUUUCAUGGGAGACUACGUCGAUCGAGGAUAUUAUAGCUUAGAAACUGCGACGCUACUCUUCGCUUUGUUACUGAAAUAUCCUGAUCGCAUGACACUUCUACGUGGUAAUCAUGAAUCUCGUAAGAUCUCUUCUGUCUAUGGGUUCUAUGAUGAAUGCCAACAAAAGUAUGGCCACAGCGUCGUAUACAGAUGGUGUUGUAGGGUUUUCGACGUCUUACCAGUUGGUGCUAUAAUUGACGAUUCGAUAUUGUGUGUUCACGGUGGUCUUUCUCCGGAAAUUAAAUCGAUUGAUAAGAUGCUGAACUUAAAUCGAGCUGUAGAACUUCCAACAAAAGGCCCUCUAUGUGAUCUCAUGUGGUCAGAUCCAGAUGAGAAUGAGGAGGAAUGGGUCAUCAGUCAAAGAGGAGCUGGAUGGAUAUUCGGGGCAACAGUUGCAAAGAAAUUCUUGCAUACCAACGGCCUGGACCUUAUAUGCCGGUCUCACCAGCUUGUUGACGAAGGUUUCCGGUAUCUUUUCAAUGAGAGGUUAUGUACUGUCUGGUCCGCGCCCAACUAUUGCUAUCGCUGCGGAAACGUAGCCGCAGUACUAUCGAUCGCUGAAGAUGGUUCAAGAGAUGUGAAGUACUUCACGGCUGUACCACAAGAUCGUCGUGAAAUCCCCGAUAAGGUGGUGACACCGUAUUUUAUGUGA